AUGUCAGACUCAAAAUAUGGUUUUGGUACGGCAAUUCUUACGUCAAAGACUCCUCAAGAAGCUGCUGCCAUUCUUCCUCACACGUUAAACACUAGUAAAUCAUUAGUACAAAAAAAUCUUAUUACUUGGUUUACAUCCUACACACAAGAACUCCAACGUCACAACCAUGAAUUGGGAAAACUUUUGAAUGAAGGUGCUGGCAUUUUGGGUUUACCAGCAAAUUCUGCUUCAUCUUCAAAUGGUCACCAAAAGCCAUCCAAUACACCUGAAGAUUUAGGAUCUUUCAACAAAAUUUGGAACACUUUCCUUAGACUGAUUGAACUUGAACUUCAUUCAAAUGAGCAAUAUUUUAAGAAUAUUAAAUUAGAAACACUUGGUCCACUUAAAGAUUUCACAAAUAAUGAUGUAAGAUAUUCUGAAUUAGUUCUUAAUUCUCAAGAACUUCAAGAAAUUUCUCGUGAUUUAGGUAAAAAUGAUUCUGCUGAAUAUCAAUGGAAUGUUAAAGCUCCUCAAAUCUUUGAUAACUUGGAAAACUUUGAAAAAGUCAAGUCUCAACUCUUGUUUGAUGUGAUUUUAAAUUACUUCAAUUCUCAAAAUACAAGAUUUUCAAAACUUAUUGGGAAUUCAGAAAAUUCAGUCAAUUAUUUGUUGGGAACUUACAAACUCGAUGAAGAAAUGAAUAUUUACUUGAAAUAUUUGUUGGGAUCCGAUUUUACUCUGGAAUUAUCUCCAGUUGCUCCUACUCCAGUCGGAGCACCUGUAGGAUCAAGCCAUCAAAAUUCACAUUUCCCACACUCGAAAAGAUUGAGUUCCUUCGGAGGCCGUCUGCAUAGUGAUGUUGCUUCUACUCAUUCAUCCUCUUCUUCGAAUUCAAAGAAACCUUCAAAAUUGAAAUCAAAGGUUGGUUCAAUCUUUGGUAGAAAGAAUAAGAAAGCUUCUAAAUUGGAUAAAUCUGACACCAUCCCUGAGUCUGAAUCUGUCACCUCCUCAACAAUUGCUACUCCACAUGCAACCAAUAGAUCGACUGAUUCACUUGGAAACAUUUUGAACUCUGACAAGAGAAAGUCUGGAACUUUUGGAAAAAAGAAUGCAGACAAGCCACAUCCUCCACACCCUGAGCAAGCUAAGGUGAAGGAACAUGCCCUCCCAUUACCACCUGCAACAGUUCCACCACACUCAAAUGAUCACUAUCAACAACAACAACAACAACAACCACCACCACCACCACAACAACAACAACAACCGCCAAAACAUGUUCAACAACAACAACUCUCAAACCCAUCUCCAUUUCAAGAAUCAGCACCAGCUCAGCAAAGAAAUAUUGAAGUACCUCCAAAAUCUCAAAAGACCUUGUCUUCAGAUGCUGUUCCUUUAACUCCAAGACCAAAGGAUCAACAAUUUUCGCAAAUUCCAACUGACUCUCCAAAUGUCAUCAAAUAUGAUGCAAGCAGUUCACCAUCUCUUGCCUCUUCCUCUGAAGUUGUUGGUGCACAAGAUUCCCCUGUUAAACAAAAUAAACACGUUUCUUUGCUCCAAAAGCAUGAUCUUCAUGUCCCAUCUGAAAAUGUAUUUGCAGUAUCACCACCAAUAACUCAUAACGAUCACUUAACUACCAGCACAACCAGUGCAAGUAAGUUUAGCUUUGAGGCAGGUGAUGAUGAGAAGCCAAUUUCAGCUACACCAAAGGAACAACAAGCAAAUGUAUUUGAGUCAAAUUCUGAAUUGCCAGAGCCUGACUUUGGUGCUGAAAAUAAUUCUCCAUACAAAAGUAAUGAAGCAGCCCCACAUAUUGCAUUUAAUGGCAAUUCCCAUCAAGAUUUCCCUUCCAACUCUCACUCAGAACAAGUAAGUGGGAGACAAUCUUCGCAUGUUGCUCCACCACCUCCACCAGCUAGAAAAGUUGCACAUGCUUCUACAAGAGAUGAUCAAAGUAUCACUUCUGAAGUUAGUAGUGUUGGCGGCGGUAGAAGUAGAAAAGAUGUUAAAUCUAUGUUCUUCCACAAUUUGCCUGCAACUAGAGAUUCCGUUAUUGCUCCACGUACAUUAGCUUCUCAAGAUACAGGUAAUUCUGUGUUGAAACACUUAAAUGGAGGUAGUGAUAUUUUCAAACAUUCUCAAGAGCAGAAUGAAAUUGGGUUAAAUGCUUCAAUUGCCGAAGUCAUCAAUGCUAGUUUUAAGGAUGACAAGGUUAUUCGUCAUCAAUUAAUUGGUGAAGUUGCAUUCAACUACAAGCCUGAUGAAGAAGGGAACUCGAACUUGCAACCAAUUCCAAUUACUAUUGCAGCAAAGUUUGAUAAGACUAUAGUGAAUACCCAAUUCAUUACCCAAAACCCAGAGUCUACCAGUGAAUACACUAUUGAUCCACAGCUGAUUAUAUCGAGAACUUUAGGGGGCUUGAAGUACCUUAAAUCCAUCGAUGCAGUACCUGUGUUAAUUACCCAAGUUUGGAAGUUCGAAGACCACCAAUCCAGUUUGUUGAUAAAUAUGAAAUUGAAUCCACAAUAUGCAACUCUGUUGACUUUAGAUAAUGUUGUUAUUUCUGCUGCAUUGAACCCAUCUGUGGAUACUACUUCAGCUGCCUCCAAACCUUCUGGUUCGUUCAAUAAGGAAUUGAAUAGAAUUACAUGGAGAUUCCCAUCCCCGAUUACUUUACUGUCUGAGAAGGGUGAAACUUUGAUUGCUAGAUAUAUGACCAAUGGUAAGGGUAGUGAGCAUGAAUCUGGGAUUCAACUCAAGUUCUCUAUCGUUGAUCCACCAAAGACCACCGAAAUAUUUGUCAAUGGAAGUGAAGUACCAAGUGUUAGAAGCUUGGUUUCUGGGAGCUAUAGUGGGCAUAUUUAG